AUGGCUAAUAAUUGUAAAAUGUUAAAUAUGUGUUUUUAUAAAUUAAAUUUUAGACCGAGUGCAUUUUCAAAUAACGAAAAUAAAUUAAAUACUUUGAAAAAGACAUGCAAACAUUUUACAAGUAAUACGGUAUUAAUUAAUAAUGCCAUAAUUGUUUUUAAUUCUAAGAGAAACACAUCUUCUUCUUCUUGUAAUAAAAACUUGAUUAAAAAUAUCAACAAAAGGGAAAAAAGUAAUCUUACUCAUGAUUUGAUUAAAUGGUCAAUCGGUGAAAAUAUAUCAUUUGUGUCAUUUGCGAGACUAUUAAAAAUUUUGAAAUCAAACAAUGUUGAAAAUAUUCCGAUAAAUUUCAAAAAAACUUUAAACAAUAUAGAAAAUAAAUUUAUCAUUCAAGACAUGCCUCCAGACGAUAAUAAUUUUUUAAACGGUGAUGAAAUAAAUUUAAAAAUUUUUAUCGAUAGUUUUUUAAUAUCGAAAAAAUCGAAUGAUAUUUUUUGGACCAUAUUAGGAUCUGUAAAUGACCUCAACAGCUUGAUUUUUAUGAUAGGAAUUUAUAAAGGAAUUUUGGCUCCGAAUGAUUCUAAUUUAUUUUUAAAACAAUUUGUUAUAGAUGUUCAAAAUUUAUGCACAAAUGGCUUGAUAGUAAAUGAUCGAAAGUAUAGUGUUAAUGUUAAUAGAAUAAUAUGUGAUGCUCCUGCAAAGUCGUACGUUUUAAAUUUUAAAGGAUGUACAGGGUAUUCAAGCUGUACAAAAUGUACAACACAUGGAGAACCUGUAGGUUCUAAAGUAUGUUUUCCUACAAAAUCAACACUUAGAACAGAUGAUGAUUUUCUAUCUAGUUGCAUUUAUAGAAAUAAUAUAAAAACUGCUUUGUUAAAUAUACCUAAUUUUGGAAUCGUUUCUAAAAUGCCUCUCGAUUACAUGCACUUAAUUUGCCUUGGAGUUUUGAAACAGUUGAUAAGUCUGUGGGAUAAAAAUUAUGAUUUAAAAAAAUCUAAUGUUAAUUUAUUUAACAUUAUCAAAUCUAGUCCUAAAGAAUUUUACAGUAAAUUAAAACCUUUCAGAGCAUAUAACUAUUGGUCACCAUCGCUACUGAGAGAAUUUUUAUUGUACUAUGGUCCAAUCGUAAUGAUUAAUGUCUUAUCACCAGAAUUGUAUCAAAAUUUUUUACAUUUACAUGUCGCAUGUAGGAUAUUAUGCAUGAACGAUAAAAAAAAUCUAACAGGAUUUGCCGAUAAUAUUUUACAAGAGUUUAUAUUGGAUUUCAUUAAACUUUAUGGAAAAAGAGAAGUGGGACAUAAUGUUCAUGGAUUGUAUCAUUUAGUCGAUGAUUAUAAACUUCAUGGUACUUUAGACGAUUUCAGUGCUUUUCAAUUUGAAAAAUUUUUAAAAAAGCUACAAGGUUUAUUAAAAAAAUCUAGAAAAAAAUCUUUAUCGCAGUUAGUGAUAAAAACUUCACUUAAUGAUAUAUUAGAAAAAAGUGUCAAACAAUAUUUAAAUGGUAAUUAUGUAUUCGACAUGCAAAACACUCAAAAUUGCCCCAAUGAAAAAUUAAUGGAUGUAAAUGUUAAAGAAUACAAAGAACAUAAAAAAUUUAAAUUGAAAGGUUUUGAAAUCAUUUUAAACGAUGAAAAUGACAGUUAUGUCAUUUUAAAGAAUCAGAAAAUCGUUAAAGUAACAAACAUAUUACAAUUGAAAAAAACCAAUGAUUACUUUAUAGUUGGAAAAAUAUUUUUACAAACUUUUAAUUUUUACAAUUCACCGUUAAAUUCAAACGAAUUACAAAUUUUUCGUGUUAAUAAUAAUAAUCUGUCGGUUGAUGUGAAAAUAUGGCCUAUUCAUAUGAUAGAAAGAAAAUGCAUGAAAGGAAAUUUAGGAGAGGGAAAAAAUUCGUCUGAUCCUAUACCUGAAAACGUAUCGAAUUUAGUUUUAGACGUUAUGAAUGACAUGAAAUUGAAUAAUGAUGAAAUAAAUUUAGUUGAAACGAUUGUCGUUAAAGGAAUCGAUGUGAAACAUUUUGGAAUAUUAGGUUUUAGUAAAAAAUUAUAUUUGGGUAUUCCAAAAAAUUAUUUUUACGAUGAUGAAAAUAAAGUUACAGAAUCGGAAUUUAAAUCAAUCUUGAAAAACGUUAAUUUAGAUAAAAUAUCAUUCGAAGAGGAGAAAAUAUUAAAAAAACGCGUUUUCAUAUCGGAAAAAGCCAAAAAAUAUGCGAUAGCCAACGAAAUUUAUUUAUCAAAACAUUUUACUUUUUACAUACAGGGAAUCAUUUUCUGGAUUGUUGGAAUUUUAUCAAGCAUGAAAUUGAAAUUGUACAAUCCGAAAAAACAUCCCAGCGUGGCCAAACAUUCAUAUUUUUUUUUAUUAAAUUUUUAUGGGUUUUACACAAUGUUUUGCAUAUUGUCAUACAAACUAUUAGGCUCUUAUAAAUUAAGCAGCGCCGAUAGUUAUUUGGCAAGUUUGGGCAGUGAUUAUGUUCAAGGAGAACGCCUUAUUUUAAAAAUGGUGAAUUUUUUGUUAAAUACAUACCCUGGUCAGAUUAUGUACCACUUUCCAUAA